UAUUUAUUCCUGUCUUAUUGACAACUCCAAACGUCCCCUUUAGUUAACCCUCUUCAAAAUCAAAUCCCAAUAGAUAGAAAAAGAAAUUGGAAAAAGCAAAGCAAUAGCUGAAGAAGCAAGAACAAGCAUCGAACUCUGAAGGGUUAAGGCUCGGUCUAAACAUUAUAACCAUAUCGUUGCUAUGUGAUGAUGACAACGAUAACAACACUGCCCAAGAAUCCCAGAAGUUCCAAGCUUUUGCUUCCAGAGUCAAAGUAUGUGAGAUCUAGAGCUGAAUUUUUUUUCCUUGCGGCAUGCUCUCAUAAAACUUCUUGUGCCUUGGGCUCAAAAUUUGAUUCCAGAAGCUGUUUCAUCCAUGUAGCGCAACCCUACUUGGUCAGCAAUAUCAAACGAUUUCUUUUCAAAUUGCACAGGGAGAUGGCUUGGUCUGUUCGGAGCAGUGUAGAUGGCAGUGGAUUUGAUCCUUCCUCCACAGAUAGCCCUAAUGGCAGGACCAGAUUAAUUAGGGCCAUCCAAUCUUUUCAAACCAAAUUGGGUGCCAGAAUUCAGGAGAUAAGGAAAGAUCUUCCAAUGAAGUUACUCUUUUUCUUGGUGGGAUUCUAUUGUGCAACUGCCUUUGCCACCGUUAUUGGGCAAACAGGUGACUGGGAUAUUUUGUCUGCUGCAUUGGCUGUGGUGGUUGUGGAGGCGAUUGGGGCCUUGAUGUAUAGAGCUUCUCUUCCUUUAGUUAGCAAGUUAAAAAGUCUGAUCACUAUGUUCAAUUAUUGGAAGGCUGGGCUUUCACUUGGCCUCUUCCUGGAUUCAUUCAAGUAUGAAAUGGAUAACAUUAUUGAGUCAAGUAACCCCUUCAAUUUUCAAAUAGAUAUAUUCUCCAUAUUCUAGUAAA